AUGCAAGAAAAUCAUGAUGGUCCGCCGGUGCCUCCGAGUUCUACCCAGGACGAUCCCGAUGAAGUCGAUCCUUUGGAAUUGUUUCAAGUAGCACCACCUGAAACAAAUAUUCUAACACCCCAUAUAGUGAUUGAUGCGGAAACCGAUGACGCGGUUAAGGAGUCGGCUGCUAUGAUUGGACGACGUCAUGACCUGGACAGUCAAUUAGAAGAUCUAGGCCUGAAUGACGAUACAAUCGAGUCAGACUAUAUAGAUGCUGGUAAAAGAUCUUUGCAAGAGAUCAAAGCGUCAGAUUCUACUGUUCAACUAGCUUUGAAUCAAGUCAACCUUACAUACGAAGCUUCUCAAUAUUUUGUUGAUUUGGAUGGAAUGCUCAAUCAGGAGCUUCUGUUGAAUCUUCGAGUGAAGCAUGACUCACAAGUUGAAAAUAUACAUCGGAAAGAUCCUAGAGAUUUAUGCGUACAAGAAUGGACAUCAUGA